CCGAGAUCGAUGUCGAUCGCGACGGGGCGGUUAGCGCGGCUCGUCGGCCGGGCCCGGGUCCAGACACCCGUGUGACCGGUGCCGACCCGCUCAGCUGCGCACCUCCCGGCCAGACAGGUCAGGCGGCUGUCUGGAUCGCUGUGGGUGACCAGUCGGAGGCUGCGCCGCCGGAGGCGCGUCGGUCGGCGGGCGGGGGUGCAAAGGCGUGCGUGCGUCGAUUGGUGAAUCACCCUUUGUGUGACUCAAUUUCGACCCCGCCCAGUGACAGUGAGCGCGGCGGUGCGACCGUCAACUCCAGUCUUCGUCGGACCGACCGGCACGUGCAGCACAACUGGUCAGUGCCCGAGGCGGUGGCCACGUGAUCGGACGCGGCUCGCGUUGCCGUGGUAACGGGCGGCGUCCUGCCAUCUGACCGGCCGGCGCGGCGGGACGUGGUCACGGGAUGAGUGGCGGUACUCUGGGCGGUACCAUGAGUUGCGUGUACCCACUACUGCGGUACAUUCAGUGCGGGCCGGCUGCAGGGGGUGAGUGGGAGCCGCUCCCGUCAGCGGCUCCGGGGCCGACCCAGCGGAGCCGCUCCGCUGGAGGAGUGGUGGUGGUAUCAGCGGCAGGCCGGCUGUUCCUGCCGUAUGCCGACGUAGCUGCAGACGGCAGGGUCCGACUGAGCAUCUGCGCUGUGGGCUGAGCUGUGAUGGAGACCACCACAGCCACAGAGAAGGAGGUGCUGCGCUCGCUGCUCUCGAUGGAGCGGGGAGACGUCAACAACGCCAACCGGCCGCCGCCGCAGCAGCACCAGCAGAUGCAGCACCACCGUUACGCGCAGCCCGGGGAGGAGCCGCACAACUUGUCGACGUCACAGCAGCAGCAGCAAGGGCAUAUGGCCAUUGCUGAGAACAGCGUCACGAUUCAGCCACACCACCCACAUCAGCAGCAGCAACAACAGCAGCAGCAGCACCCUGGUCACCAUGCCGUGGAACAUCAGCAGCAACAGCAACAACAGCAACAUCAGCAGCAGCACGGCAUGCAGACACAGCCGGGCAUUUACAAAGCCGGCGGCUCGCAGCACGAUCAGUCGGUGCACAGCCACGUGCAGUGGAUGGCACAGACGCCCACCUCCGGUCACCAGGUCAUCAUCCUGCACGCGCCGCCCGAGCAGCAGCCGGGUGACGGCAGCGGCGGCGCCAUGUCGGGCCUGAUCCAGGCCGCCGAGCAGGGCCAGCUGGUCGGCCAGCAGGUCUGGGAGACGCACGUGACGGCCGAGUACCCGGCCGGGAGCGUACAGCUCUCGGACGGCACUAUCCUGCCGGCGCACCCCGAGUAUGGGGCGCCGCCGCACGGCCUGCACCCCCAGCCGGCCGGACACGAGCCCAGCUAUGUGCUGGUCGACGCCAAGGACGCCAUCGCCGCGCCCGCCGCCGGAGCGACCGCCGGCAAACGACAGGCCAAACAGACGGCCAAGAAGAAGAAGAAGCGACGCAUUGCAGACAUGCUGGCCGAGGGCAUUGACCCGAGCAAGCUGGAGGAUAACGCGGAGGAGGUGCGCACGCGGUUCCAGCGCGGCUGUGACUGCGCCGAGGAGAACUGCUUCCGGACCCUGAACGCCGAGUUUGUGUACCGCCACCGACUGAACAUCGCCGAGCUGUCCAAACACGAGCACGACAUGUACCUGAUGGGCGUCACCAUGGCCUGUCUCUCCAACCCGGAGGAGACGGCACGACACAAGGAGCGCAAGCGGCUGCGCGCCAAGUACGUCUUCCAGGGUAAGGAGGUGUGUCUGGAGGCGUUUCUGUACCUGGAGAACUGCACCCAUUACCAGCUCAAGAGGAUUCGUAAGCACGUGAUCACUCACGGCGUGACGCCGCGGGUACACGGUAAUCACGGCAAGAGGCCGCACAACACGUUCCCGCUGGACAUCUAUAAACACGCCAGCGACUUCCUCAAUGACUACCUGGACAAGCUGUCGCACAAGCCGGAAGGCAAGAAGACGACCAAGGCGGUGCAGAGCCGGCGACAGUGCAUACACAUGCCGCAGGACAUUACCCGCAAAAAGAUCCACGAAAAGUACGUCGAUUUCAUCAACCAUUUCGAGCCGGAGGCCAAGGUGAUGUCGUAUUCAGCGUUCCGCUACUUUUUGAAGGAGCAGUUCUCGCACGUGCGGUUCCCGAAGCUGGACAAGACGCCGGUGGUGGAGCCGGGCGGCGUGAAGCAGGAGGCGGCCAUUUCGCUGCCGCUGCAGACGCCUCAGGAGAUGACUGCCGCCCACCAGGCGGUCACCCACUCCGUGCCGCCGGAGGGCGCCGAGCAGAGCGCGCCCUUCUCCGUGCAGGAGCACCACCCGACGGCCACCUACACGGUCAGCUCGCGGGCGUACACCACCAGCGGCCAGCUGCAGUACACCGGCGCCAACUACCACUACAGCAUAGCGAUGUAGGCGCCUCCCGGCGGCCGCCAGCCGAACUAACGCUCCAGGUGGCAGCACCGGCGUCACACUGCCGCCGCUCCCACCGCUACUGGGCGGCACAGAAGCUGCCGCAAUCGUUCCUCUACGGCCUCGGGCGCUAGCUGAGGCGCCGGCUGUGAUCUCACGUAUGUGUGUGCUAUCCUGUCGCGUCUGUGGACUGCCGAAGUGCAUGGACAGGCUGGCACCGGUGGCGGCUAUGGGUUUUCUUGAACAUCCCCCUCGUUAGCGUAGUCUUCCUUUGCUGCAGGAUAUUGUGAUGCACGCUAUGCGCUGCCAUUUUGUUCUCGUUGGAGAGAUGCGGUUGGCAUUUUUGAUUGAAGUGUACAGGUGAAACAUGUGCAUGUUGUUCACGAAGUUAUGCAUUGUAUCUGAUGCAAUUGACGCCACCGAUGAUCGUAAUAUAUUGUAUUUGCUAA